UCACGCGCCUUCCUCUGACUUCUUUCUAUCACUCGCCUCCACCUCACUUGCUCCUACUCCUCCACAGUUAUCCCAUCCUAUCCAAUCCCCCUCCCCCCAGUAACUGCUCAUCCCAUCAAUUAUCCCCUUCUCCAUCCAAUCACCCCUCCUUCACCUGCAAUGGUCGCCCUAACAUCAGCAGCGUCCCUCCUGGCGCUGCUCGACGAGCCGGAUCAGUCUCUCCAGGUAUACGCGCUCGAACAGCUCAACGCCAUCGUCGCCGAAUUCUGGGCGGAAAUCACCGAUCAGGUCUCUAGAAUUGAGGAGCUAUAUGAAAACGAACGGUUUCCGCAGCGAAAACUGGCUGCCCUAGUCGCCUCAAAGGUCUACUAUAACCUCGGCGAAUUCGUGCAGUCAAUGCAGUUCGCUCUUGCCGCGGGCGAUCUCUUUGACUUGUCUGUCAAGAACGAAUACGUCGAAACCAUAGUCUCGAAAUGCAUCGACUCUUACAUUCGAAGCUCACAAGUUGCUUUCGAUUCUCAGCAGAAGGGCGCAAAGGACGUCAGCCCCGUCGAUCCAAACCUCGUCGACGUCGUCGAGCGAAUGUUCUCUAGAUGCAUCGAAGAGGGCGAAUACAAACACGCCAUCGGCGUUGCUUUGGAAGCUCGACGACUCGACACUAUCGAAGCUUGCAUCAACAGCGCUUUCCAAGGCGGUGCAAAGGGAUCCAAGGCCGACGGCUCCAACGGUCUUACUGAUGAUUCGAAACAGGCCGAGGCUGCGGGAGCCGAGCUGAUAAAUUACGUCUUCGAAGCCUCCAUGUCGCUUGUUUCAAACAAGCGCUGGCGCGAUGUCGUCCUCAACCGAAUGGUCCUUUUGGUCACGAAGCUUCAAAACCCCGACUACUUUACAAUCACAAAGAUUCUCGUGCAUCUCAAUGACGCUGACAAGGCCGGUGAGCUUCUCGUCAAGCUUCUGGUUGAAAACACCGAAUCUUCGCUCCUGAUAGCCUACCAGAUCGCCUUUGAUCUCGUAUCGUCGACGUCGCAGCAGUUCCUCUCAAAGGUAGUGCAGACUGUCCAGGCCUCAAACGCCCCCGGCGCGGCCCAGACACUCAAGAUCCUGAGCGGUGUUCCGACGCUCGAUAUCGAGCUCACCUUCUUGCAUGACAACAACAAAACAGAUCUGCUGAUUCUCAACAAAACCAAGGAGACCCUCGACGGCCGAAGCUCGAUGUUCCACAACGCCGUUUCGCUCGAGAAUGCGUUCCUGCACUCUGGCACCGCCGUCGACGCCUUUUUCAGAGAGAACCUGGACUUUGUCUCGAAGGCGUCUAACUGGAGCAAGUUUUCAGCUACCGCAGCGCUUGGUGUGAUCCACCGCGGAAACCUCUCCCAGGGCAUGAACCUCCUCAAGCCGUAUCUCCCUGGCGAGGCCGCUGCGUCGUCACCCGCAAACUCAAAGUACUCGCAGGGUGGAUCGCUUUAUGCCCUCGGUCUUGUCUUUGCCGGCCACGGUAAGGACGUGCUCGAGUUUUUGCGCAAGAAUAUUCGUGACGGAAGUAGUAGCGGCGGUCAGGAAGGUGAGGUUGUGCAGCAUGGUGCAGCGCUCGGUGUCGGUGUUGCUGGAAUGGCAACCUGCGACGAGGAUAUCUACGAGGACCUGAAAAACAUUUUGUUUUCCGACUCGGCCAUCGCUGGAGAAGCGGCAGGACUUGCUAUGGGUCUUGUCAUGCUCGGUUCGGGCGACGAGAAGGCGCUCGAGGAGAUGAUUCAGUAUGCGCACGAGACUCAGCACGAGAAGAUUAUCCGUGGACUGGCUGUCGGAGUUGCGCUACUGAUGUAUGGCCGUGAGGAAGCAGCCGAUGGCUUGAUCGACCAGCUUCUCAAAGAAGGCGAUCCCAUUCUGAGAUACGGUGGUGUGUUCACGAUCGCGCUCGCGUACUGCGGCACGGGCAACAACGUUGCCAUCAAGAGACUUUUGCAUCUCGCGGUUUCGGAUGUGAACGACGACGUUCGCCGAGCGGCGGUUAUGUCUCUUGGAUUCAUCCUCUUCCGAAACCCGACCGCCGUUCCCCGGAUGGUCGAGUUGCUCGCCGAGAGCUACAACCCGCAUGUGCGGUACGGUGCCGCGUUCGCGCUCGGCAUCUCGUGCGCGGGCACUGGACUGACGGAGGCAAUCGAUCUGCUCGAACCCAUGCUUAAGGACCCUACCGAUUUCGUGCGCCAGGGUGCGCUAAUCUCGUUGGCGAUGAUUUUCAUCCAGCAAAACGAAAAGACAUCGCCAAAGGUUGAGUCUGCGCGCAAGGCGUUUGCCAAGGUUAUUUCGGAGAAGCACGAGGACGCGAUGGCCAAGUUUGGUGCGGCGCUUGCGCAGGGAAUCAUCGAUGCCGGCGGCCGAAACGUGUCCAUCAGUCUUGAGAACCGGCAGACGGGGACUUUGAACAUGAAGGCGAUCGUCGGACUGGCGGUUUUCUUGCAGUUCUGGUACUGGUUCCCGCUGACGUGUUUCCUGUCGCUGUCGUUCACGCCGACGGCGAUCGUGGGCGUCCGGUCUGAUCUCAAGAUCCCCGAGUUUUCGUUUUUCUGCAACGCCAAGCCGAGCAGGUUCGACUACCCGCCCAAGACGGAGGAGGCGACGAGCAAGGCGCCCGAGAAGGUGGAGACUGCGGUUCUUUCGACGACUGCGCGGGCCAAGGCGCGGGCGAAGAAGUCUGAGAAGGAGAAGGCUGAGGCGGAGAUGAAGAUCGACGGCGGCGAGGCGGCGGCGGCGGCUGCUGCGUCGACCCCUGCGGCGAGCGGCGAGGACAAGAUGGAGGUCGACGCGGAAGAGGAAGAUGCGGAAGAAGAAGAGGAGGAGGAGGAAGAGGAGGAGUUUGACGAGGCAGUUGCGAACGAGGAAGUCGAGGACAAGAAAGACAUCAAGGGCUACAAGAUCAGCAACAUGUCGCGCGUUCUCCCCGCGCAGCUCAAGUACAUCUCCUUCUCGCGCGACGAGCGCUUCACGCCCGUCAAGAAGUUCCGGUCGUCAGGCGGCAUUCUUGUGGUGAAGGACGGCAAGGGCCUGCGCGCGAAGACGGAGUUCAUCAAGACUAUCCGGGAGAGGAAUCUGCCGCCGGACGAGCAGGGCGAGGACGAGGAGGCGCCGGUGCCGGAGGAGUUUGACUAUGAGACUGAUACGGAGUUGUAAGUAAAGCUGUAAGAGUAUACUUGGUUGCAUUUCUGUGUGAUGCUCUAGUGUUUGUGCCGUCCUCUUUAUUGUCCAGUGUCGUUUGUUUUUGUCACGUACUCAUUUCUUCUAAAAACUGUCAUAUA